CAUACCCUUGCCAUGUCCUAGAGAAUGCACUGAUCGUUUAAGAUUGCCUUGUUUCUAUCGAGUUGCUUUCUCUCGUCAUAUAUUGGUCUUUUCCCUUUGAAAGUUAUACUGAUUAAUUCAGCUUUGACGCCGUUGUCUCCCGCACCCAAGCCUGCGGGCAUAUUUCUCUUUCAAGGCCCUUUUCCUUCUUUGCGUCUUUGCCUCCCUAAGUCUUGUCCGCUUUGGUCGUAUAUACUAUCUAAUGCCUUGAUUGCCCCAAAGCUGUUGAAGUGCGUCAAGGCUGUUCUCAACGACUACGUGAAAUCAUAUCCUUUGAGCUCGGUCGCAAGCGCGAAUUAGAUGGAUCGCGGUGUCUUUGAUAUUGCUUGACAUACUGGCAAGGCCCGCAGAGCUUUCUAUAACUCACAUCAUCUUACUGCAGACUAGUUGGCUUAGUCUCUGUAUUCACCAGACUUUACACCUUGUUUGUAUGCAGUGAUUCGAACACUGGCCGUGCAGCACUCAAGACGCUUCUUCAAUCUACUGAGUUCGAGCAAAGCCCUCGAUAGAUACUGGGUUUUCGAUCUCUAAGCAUUUGAGACGAGUGAGGUUAUACGUCAUAACUGUCAUCUGCAAUUUGCCAACCGUUCCGAUUGUUGCUUGUUAUCAUUUGUCUGCCUUUGUUCUCGUGUAUCUCUUGUGAAAGUGGCACCCCUCUAUUGAUCUAAUUACAUUCGCAACACCAUCAUUGACGUGCAAUUGAAUACAAUGUCAUCCUCUGUUCACUUCAAGUUCAAGUCUCAAAAGGAGCCUUCAAGGGUGACUUUUGAUGGCACCGGUAUCUCUGUCUUCGAAUUGAAAAGAGAAAUUAUCAAUCAGAGUAGACUGGGUGACGGGACUGACUUCGAGCUGUCUAUCUACAAUGAAGAUACUGGAGAAGAAUACGAUGAUGACACCAGCAUAAUACCGCGUUCUACGUCCGUCAUAGCUCGGAGAUUACCUGCAUCACGCCCGGGUAAGGGUGGUGCUGCUCGUUAUGUUUCCGGGAAAAUGCCAGUCAAUGCGCGCAGUGCCCCCCGUAAUGAACAAUAUCCCUUGACUCGGGCAUCUCCCAAUACUAGCAACGGUGUUCUAGAGCUCAACAAUGCCCAGACGGAGGAAGAGAAGAUCAAUGCACUCUUCAAUUUGCAAGCAAACCAAUGGAAAGAACAGCAGCAGGAAAUGGCAAACGCUACCCCUGUUCCAUUCGGCCGUGGAAGGGGCAGGCCUGUGAAUGUUCCUGAUCACCCCCCUCCCCCCGGCUACCUAUGUUACCGCUGUCGCGAGAAAGGACACUGGAUUCAAGCUUGCCCCACAAAUAAUGACCCAAAAUUUGAUGGGAAAUAUAGAGUUAAACGAUCAACUGGUAUACCUCGUUCGUUACAAACCAAGGUUGAGAAGCCGGAAUCCCUCACCCUGGACGGCUCAAACGAGGAUCCAAGGAACACAGGUGUCAUGGUCAAUGCCGAUGGCGAUUUUGUCAUAGCCAAGCCUGACAAGGCAGCUUGGGAAUUAUACCAGGAGAAAGCCAAAGCCUCCGCAGCAGCCGCGGCAGAAGCGGCAGCAGCAGAGUACAGCAAAGAACUGCAAGCACGUGGUUUAGAGUGUCCGAUUGACAAGCGAAUGUUUUUAGAGCCCACGAGAACUCCAUGCUGUCAAAGAACAUACUGCAAUGAUUGUAUUACCAAUGCAUUGAUCGAGAGCGAUUUUGUAUGCCCUGGCUGUGGAACGGAGGGAGUGUUACUCGAUAACCUUGCCGUUGAUGACGAGGCUAUUAGCAAGAUUAAAGAGUACGAAGCUGAAAAGGCUGAUUCGAAGAAAGAGAAGGACAAGCAACAGGCAAAUGACAUUGGUCCGGGCAUUGACAAAACAGCCAUUCAAGGCAAAGGGCCUGUUGCAACAACGGAGUCUUUGCCACCAAUUCCGCCUAGUCAACCUGCUUCUAACAAAAGACCUGCAGAGGAUGAAACUCCGCGUACCGCUGUUGGUGGAUCAAGCCCUAGUUCAUUGUCCAAGAAAUUGAAGACAAACGACAAGGCCGAUUCACAAACUCCACAGGCUACUGGGCCUGUGACCGGGUUUCCAGCUUUUCCAUUCGGCCAGCAGAUGCCGUUCGGGAGUUUUGGAUUCAUGCCGAACCAGGGUAUGCCUGCGAUGCCAUUGUCUGAUCCUAUGAACGCUAUGGGUGUUCCUUCGUCUGGUGGCUUUCCACCUAAUAUGGAUCAGUCGUGGAAUCCCAUGAAUGCUAUGAAUUUUAAUCCUGCCCCGGGAAUGUAUGGCGAUAAUGUGAACAGUUAUGCCACACCGAACCUUUACAACGGCGUCGGAGAGCCAUCUAUGAAUAUGUUCCACAUGCCCCAAAUGAUGGGACUUCAACCAAAUUCCGGUCUUGCGCAAGGUCCCGGAAUAGGUCGAUUUUCAAAUCAACAGAGAACGACGUUCAGUACGCCAUUUGCCAGGGAAGAAGACACGGCUUAUUUCCGGCAACCUGUUAACCCACAACGGCACCAAGCGAGACACAGGAGGAUACGGCCAAGUGACUAUCGAGAACUCUAAAUUGGUGUAGAUGGAAGUCACUUCAACAUGCCCGCGGUUGUUAGGUCUCAGGUCCUUCUUCUCCCGAUAUAUCUUGCUUUUCACCCCACCCUUUUCUGUUCUUUUUCUUCCCUGAUGUUCAUCGGCGUUCACAGCUGCUCUUUGAUUCAUUUGUCUUGCGGGCAUGUGCAUGUUGCAGGCCUUGCCCCUUUGAAUUUUGCACAUUGUGGGAGUUGAAAGGAGGUGGUUCCGGCUCUAACGGGGUUGUUAUUUGAAGGUGCAAUUCAAUGUACACAAUGUAAUAUUAGCGCCACAUAAACAAUAUGCCUAAUAAAAAGUCCAGCU